UCCCAGCCUGGCCUUCCCGAAGGACUCUAUGCAAAUCUCCCCGGACCAGGAAGUCCUCCUCCUCCUCCUCCUCCUCCUGGGCCAUCUCCCUCCACAGAAGUUCCUCUGCCUUUGGGCUUCUGGCGGGGCUUCCCUUCCUUCCCCAUUUUGGGGCUCAGAGAGAGAAGGAGGAGAAGGAGACACCGGGCUCCUUUGGGGGUGCUUUUCCUUGCCUCCUCUUUCCCUGCUGGGCUUCUUUCUGGGGCGAGGAACCCAUCCCUGAAACCCAGCCACUGCUCCUGGGAACAAGUAAGUCCAGCCUCCUCCGCUUUGCAUCCGCACUGGAAGAAUAACCCGGAUCCAUUGCGGUUGGAGAAACAACCAGGGAAGUAUGGGGUGUAUAAAAUCCAAACGAAAAGACAGUCUGCGUGGAGAUGGGAAUGAUUCGAAGAUCCAUCCAGUACGUAAAACUGAACGAACUAUUUAUGUGAGGGAUCCAACGUCCAAUAAACAGCAAAGGCCAGUAAAUGAGGAUAUACUUCUACCCGGUCAGAGGUUCUCUAAAGAAGAAGAGAACAGGGAGCAUCAGGAUAUUGUAGUAGCCUUGUAUCCUUAUGAUGGCAUUCAUGAAGAUGAUUUAUCCUUCAAAAAAGGAGAGAGAAUGAGAAUUCUGGAAGAACAUGGAGAAUGGUGGAGGGCUAAAUCCCUUGUGACCAAGAAAGAAGGCUUUAUCCCAAGUAACUAUGUUGCAAAGGUCAAUACCUUGGAAACAGAGGAAUGGUUCUUUAAAGACAUAACCAGGAAAGACGCAGAAAGGCAACUUCUAGCACCUGGAAAUGCUCCUGGAGCAUUUCUUAUCAGAGAAAGUGAAACAUUAAAAGGUAGCUACUCUCUCUCCAUCAGGGACCAUGAUGCACAACUUGGUGAUGUUGUCAAGCACUACAAAAUCAGAAGCCUAGAUAAUGGAGGAUAUUACAUUUCUCCAAGAAUUACAUUUCCCUGUAUCAGUGACAUGAUCAAACAUUAUCAAAAGCAGCCUGAUGGUUUAUGCAGAAAGCUGGAAAAAGCAUGCAUCAGCCCCAAACCACAGAAACCAUGGGAUAAAGAUGCCUGGGAGAUCCCCAGGGAUUCAAUAAAAUUAGUGAAAUUCCUUGGAGGAGGUCAGUUUGGGGAAGUCUGGAUGGGUUACUAUAACAACAAUACCAAGGUAGCUGUGAAGACUCUGAAGCCUGGCACUAUGUCUGUGCAAUCAUUCUUGGAAGAAGCCAACCUCAUGAAAACACUGCAGCAUGACAAGCUAGUCAGACUAUAUGCUGUAGUCACCAAAGGGGAACCUAUUUAUAUAAUAACGGAAUUGAUGGCAAAAGGCAGUUUACUGGAUUUUCUGAAGAGUCCAGAAGGUGGAAAAUUACUGCUUCCAAAGCUCAUUGACUUCUCAGCUCAGAUUGCAGAAGGGAUGGCGUACAUCGAGAGAAAAAACUACAUACAUCGGGAUCUCAGAGCAGCUAAUGUUCUAGUUUCAGAGUCACUGAUGUGCAAAAUUGCUGAUUUUGGACUUGCUAGAGUAAUUGAAGAUAAUGAAUAUACAGCCAGGGAAGGUGCAAAAUUCCCUAUCAAGUGGACUGCACCCGAAGCCAUUAACUAUGGUUCCUUUACUAUUAAGUCCGAUGUGUGGUCCUUUGGUAUUCUUCUGUACGAAAUAAUUACUUACGGGAAAAUCCCUUAUCCAGGUAUGAGUAACUCUGAGGUAAUGGUAGCUCUUCAGCGUGGAUACCGUAUGCCACGCAUGGAGGCCUGCCCAGUUGAGCUUUACGAUAUCAUGAAAACAUGUUGGAAAGAUAAAGCAGAAGAGAGACCAACGUUUGAAUAUUUACAGAGUGUCCUUGACGACUUCUACACAGCUACAGAAGGACAAUACCAGCAGCAACCAUAGAAUGAACUCCGGUGUCUGCCUCUGUUUGGCAUAAACCUCUUAAUAGGACAAUAUGGUUCAGCCAGUUAUUUUCAUGCAUUUGGAUUUGCUGAUUGCUUAUGGCGCCUGAGAUUGGAGGGCACACAUGGACAAUGAGAACAUUCGGCCUCAGUGUUGCAGUCUCCUAUUGAUGUUCUCUUCACAUUUUACUUAAACAUCUAGACACUAUAGCCUUUGACACACUGCAAGACCAAAAAGCCACUCUAACACAAGCUAAUGUAUAAAGACACGAUUACAAAUGUAAUGAACAGAAAGAAAAAUUCUCAAAAGUAAUCAGAGCUCACACAAGUGAGUUCUAGGCUUGUUGUAGAUCCAAAAUAGAUGCUAUGGGAAAGAUGUAUAUAUAAGCCCUGCUGGGGAAAAAAGUGUUCUGAACAGAGAAGUUGCUGAGGCUGAAGCAGUGCAUAACUACUUUGUUUUUCUGGCAUUCCCUUUGCAGUAAAAUCGACAUAUGCAAGCUGCUUCUCCAUCUGGAAAAUAAGAUUGAGGUGGCAGGGUUUUUUGUUUUGUCCAAGUCAUAGAUGUAAAACCACCUUGGAGGGCUAACUUGCCCCUCUAUUCAUUUUAUUAAAACUGUUGGCCUCUGCAAUGUUUCAUAUCAAAUAGUAUUCACACACCUUUCCUAGAUCGCAUCUAAUUUGGUUUGCAGAUUUAAUGCAAUUAUCUCCUAGUAUUCCUUCUAAAUUUGGUUAGGUGAAGAGAGCUGCUGAAAUGUCUAAAUUAAUGUAAGGGGUUUUUGUUUAGUUUUUAAGAAACACAAUAUUGUGUUGAUGUAGUGCAGAAGUGGGCAAAGUGCAACCAUCCUGAUGUUUUUGGAUUAUAUCUCUCAAUAUCCCUCUUGGUUGGUAUAUACUGGCUAUAAUCAAUGGAAACAGUAGUCUAAGAAUGCCUGGAGGACCACAUGUUGUGGUGUGCUAAAUUGGAAAGGGGGGAGCACAAUUUUAACCAUGGAACUGCUUCUCUUGCAUCACCUCUCUUCGCUCUCAUAUGCCAAAGCACUUUAUCAUUCAAAAGCCCUAUGUGAAGAAUCCAAACAGCAGUUUAACCAUUUAUUGGCAAUAACAGAUGAUACCAAAGGAAUAUGUACUGUAUGUGGCUUAGUUAGCUUUUUAAAGUAGGAAAUUGAUAAAAUGUUACAGAAGUGUUCACUGUCUUUUCUGUCUAUGUGGUCCAAACCAAAACUGCCUGUUUAGAGGCAAUGUUUUAAAAUCCAUAGUACUUAAUGUGCUGUAGUUAACAGUGCCAAAGAAUAUAGUUUCACUUCAUUCUGAAGUUUUGACAAUAUUUUGUGAAGUUUGAGCUAUUGGAUUAUCACCUUUGCCUGUGCAGUUUAUUAACAUCUUGUCCAAUAUUCUGUUCAGUAUAAAAAGCACAACUAUGAUCAUGUUCUGCUAAAGUCACUACCAAAGUCUUCUGUUCUAUAUAUAUUACAUUAUCAGAGAAGAAAUACUGUAUACUUGAAAAUCAGGCUUAGAAGCAUUGGUUGUGGUGAAACAGGGUUCAGAUCAUUUUUUUUCUUGAUCAUACUAAUGACUGGAAGGACAGUGCUACUGAAGAAUUUUUCUAAAAUGCUUACUUACAAAUUGGUUAUUAGAGAAUCAUGAUCCUAAUUGUGUUCAGCUUUAAAAACCAAUGUGAUUAUUGUACACAUGCAGUUUACUAUUUCUAAAUGAAGAAAUCCAGUUGACAGACUGAUAAUCAGAUUGUUAACAUGUAAAUACUUUAGUUUUAUUGUGAUUUUAAUUAAUAAAUAUUCUUGAAAAUAUGA